GCGGCCGCUCGGCCCACUCCUGGCUGGUGGAGCUGCUGGGGCCCGCCACUAAGUGCCGCCAGCGCAGCCGCAGCCGCAGGCGCAGCCGCAGCCGCAGCCGGAGCGGAGGAGCUCGCAGAGCCGGCCAUGGGCAAGUCAGCUUCCAAACAGUUUAAUAAUGAGGUCCUGAAGGCCCACAAUGAGUACCGACAGAAGCAUGGCGUCCCCCCACUGAAGCUCUGCAAGAAGCUCAACCAAGAGGCCCAACAGUAUUCUGAGGCCCUGGCCAGCACGAGGAUCCUCAAGCACAGCCCAGAAUCCAGUCGAGGCCAGUGUGGGGAGAACCUUGCUUGGGCAUCCUACGAUCAGACAGGAAAGGAGGUGGCUGAUAGAUGGUACAGUGAAAUCAAGAGCUACAACUUCCAGCAGCCUGGCUUCACUUCAGGAACUGGACACUUCACAGCCAUGGUAUGGAAGAAUACAAAGAAGAUGGGCGUGGGAAAGGCAUCUGCAAGUGAUGGGUCCUCCUUUGUGGUGGCCAGAUACUUCCCAGCAGGGAAUGUUGUCAACCAGGGCUUCUUUGAAGAAAAUGUCCUGCCUCCAAAGAAGUAACUUGUCAAAUGUAAUGGGAAGGUGGGAGACUUAAGACCACGGAUAUGAAGUGCCUAGAACAACAAGAACCCAGCUGUGUGUCUGUCCCUGUGGAUGUAUGUGCUUGUGUAUAUGAUGCCCCUGAGCAUCUCCUGUACACACUCUUGGAUAUACAGCUCUGUCUGAGCUCAUUCUUAUUAAAGGAAUAAGCAUCUGAAGCAUUUACCUGGACAGUUACCCAGACCACAACUCUUUGGGCAUUCAAUUUUUUAAAAUACUUUGUAAUUUUUUAAGCAGACUUCUUUUGUACCUUUCUUACUUUUAAUACCCCCCCCCCCCCCGCUGGACAUUUUAUAUUCCAAAUAUUUGUGAUCUUGAGAAGUGAAGUUUGUUUUAUGUGAUUGUCACACAUUGUGAUCUACUUUUGGUAGAUAUUUAAGAGUAUUAAACCUUCCUUUAAAUGUGACAAAACACACAUAAAGCAGUUUGCAUUGGAAGCAUGGUGCAGCCCCGGGCUCUGUUUCACAGAAUCAUUGAGAUUUUCAGUUGGAAGACAUGAGGUCAUCCUGCUUGCCUCCUGGGAUUUUCUAAUGGAAUUGCCAAAGAACAAAUGGAGAAAACGCUUUACUUCCUUGCAUUUUUCUACCUUUAAAUACCAAAUACUGCUGCCUUAUGUCCUCCCCCAACCCCUUUUCUUGAACUCUUCUGCAUUUCAGAGUUCCAUACUUACCCCUGAUCUCUCUGGAGUCAGAUUAGGUCUAGCCUAUCCCUCCCCUACUCCUGCUAGAUGUCCCCAGCCUGUUCUGGGAGAAAGCCCCUCUCACACUGUCUAGGCUCUUUGCCAAGUGGCCUUGGGUGGAUGAAGUCAUUGGUGUGGGGGUGAAAGUGAGCUCACUCAGGGUCCCUAGAGGAAGCCCUGUAGCUUCUACCCUGCCCCGCACAGGGUGGGAGCCCAGGCCUAUUCCUGGCAGCUGUGACUGCAGCUGUGUUGCUGCUCCCUCCUGGAAUGUGUGACAAGCCCAAAUGUUCCAGGGAGGUGUCCAAGGCAGGGGGCUUAGAAACGCUAAUUUAGUGCUGUGUUUUGCCUCAAACUAUGGAAAGCUCCCCUGAAUAGCAGUUUUAUAAGGACCACAUGGUGGGACCAACCCAGAAGCCCCAGCUGAGUGUCCUUGAAACCAUGGCAUCUCCAUCUGUCAAGAUAGCUGGGGCCCAGUGAGGGGGUUGCUGGCUUAAAGACAGGAGUCUGGGCAGGCCAGCCUUUGAAAUACUUUCCUAAAGGCCUAUGUUGCACUGUGAACAUGGUCUCACGCUGUGCCCCUUGUUUCAUCCAGGAAUAUUGACUAAUAAGACAAUAAAAUCUUUUCUCUUUUGUGUGA